GUCGUCGAUCGUUUGUCCGCGCAAUGAAUCGGACGGGAAUCUGAGCUGCGUAUUGGAUUUGCCGGCUGGUCGCCGCGAGAAUCUUGCACUUAGCUUUCAAGUCAGACAUCGGUUUCAGUUUCAGUGAGAAUUUGGUGCUCGAUCAAGACGUUCGUCGUAUCCAUUAUUUUGUUCUGUUCCUUGUUUUGUAAAUAAUUCUUGUCCCUUAACUUUGAAAUGAUAAAUGAAAUUGAAUUCAUUUAACUGAAACUGUGUGUGGUAUAUGCUGAAUCUAAAAAAAGUGCUAAAAUUGUCUUUUGACCCUUAAAAAAAUUGACUUAACUUUAUCUUUGUCUUUUAUUGAACCUGUUGGUUUUGGGAUUUAUAUUCACAAGCAUAUUGGGAGGAAUAUAAGGAGGUGGAGACUUUAUAGAUAUUAUUGUGGCAACAAUCUGAAGAUUUUGGUCGAAAAAAAGAAAUCCGUUCGCAUUUGUAUAAAUUACGUGAAUCGCGACUUCGAGAAUUUUAUUCAUCAGGCGGCCCAGGAGGCGAAAUUAUGAAUCCAUCAACAGAUUUGCAUUAUGGCAAGACCCCAUUGACCCCAAGUCAUGGGGAUUCGCUGGUCGAUCAGAGUUUCCAGAGUUUGAAAUCCAAGGAAAUUCGUGACUCACUAAGUCCAACUCAUGAAGUUAAGUUUCGCAAUAGCGGAGGAGUUGCUGGAGGGGUUUUGGUACCGGACACUACCGGUUGGGAUGUGCAAACAUCGUCGGAAGUUAGUCCAGAUGGACGGGCAUUCCGUACUGAAACGUUGGCUAAAACAGAUGGUGUUGAAAAAUUACCAGGAGGUCAUGCUGAAUUCUCUGGUCGAAAUGAACAAAAAUCAAGUGCUUCCCAUCAGGGUGACGACAAGAACUAUGUCAAAAAAGCAGCUGAAAGUUCCAAGACACAUUUGCAAGAGAAAGUUGUUAUUGGUGAUGAGAAUUCUGGCCUAACUGAAAUGAAAAGUAGUUCGGUGACGUCAUCUUCCAAAGUCACCUCUUCGUCAUCCCAACAAGUGUUUACAAGUGAUGAUCCAGGAUUUGACAUGGAACCAAGACGUUUGACACAGCAACACGAUCAACGUUAUCAAAAUAUGCUGCAGGCAGCAAAUAAUAGUAGUACUUUGCAUAGUGAACGUCAACAGUUUUCACGUAACGAACGUAACGAAAGGCAGGAAUCUACAAGUAAUCUACAUGAAGAAAAUAAAAAAUACGUUGAUAUGGACAAAGCUUCUCCAGAAUAUCAACAACACGUCCAAUAUCUAAUGUCUCAACCAGGUGCCAUAGUUUCGAAUACAGUUGAGUAUCCGAAACCGGGAGUAAAAAUGAUCACCACUGUGAAAAAGUUACCAGAUGGUACAACAGUGAAGACUAAACGUUAUGAGACCGAAGCUACUGCUGCUAAUACUGGUGCUGAUUCCACAUCGAUUUCCCAUACCACGAAGCAACAACAACAGCAGAAAAUUUCAUCUAGCUCAACAACAUCACAGAAAAUGACCGAGAAACGUGUACAAGACUCGGAAGAUGUGUUUACACGUUUGGCUAGAACUCGAGACUCGAAUGUUCCAGCAAGUCCCAGAAAUGCUCCGGAAACACCAUCCAAUGAAGAUGUGUAUUCACGAUUGCAACAAUCACGUGAUCAUAAAUUCUCUGAUUCUUUAGAUCAGCGAUCAACACAGAUUCUUCGUGACACAAAUCAACAACAUCCAGGAUCGCGUAACGCACCGAAUCGUCGUCCCAGUGACUUAGUGGAGAAUGUUGAAAUGAUCUCUACAACAAAUAAGACAGUCAAAAAAGAUCUCAAUCGCAGUGAGAAAAUCACUAGUUCUGAUUUUAUUCAAAACGAACGUGAUCGUUACGUGCUCGAUCAGGAUAGCCCAAGCCGUCGUAUACCAGAUGGUUAUCCUGAGGCUCUUGUACCUAUCACACCCAGUCGACAUGGUGGACGUCCAUCUCAGCCAGGUGAUGAUUAUCCAACAAAUGGAUAUAAUGCUACUGAAGUUAUUAAGCAAUCAUCUUCGUCAAAGUCCUCGGCUAAGUUUUCAGAAAGUCGUCGUUACUCCACUGAAACAGUUGAGAGUUAUCAACAUUCUGAAAAUGAAAAUCAGGAUUACACAACUCGAGGAUAUCCAUCGAAUAGAAGGCCAAUUGAUGAGCCUAAAGGUCAGUCUCCACGUCCAGGUGGAGACUUUUCUACUCAUGGUUUCCCAUCGGUGAGAUCAGACAAACCGAUAUCAGAUAGGUCAAGACCUCAUGAUGACACAACAGAAAGAGUUCAUAUUGUUCAUACUGAUCGUGGUGAUGUUAACCAUUCCGAUACGACUACAACUCGAUCGAAUUACUCAACAAAUGAAACACGUCGCCAUGUGACUAAGGAAGAUUUCAGUACCCAUGGUUUCCCUUCGGUUAGAGCAGGUACUCCAACUAGAGACUCUCCAAGACGUCCACUAGGAUCGGAACCAUCUCCCGGUGAUUCUCCAAGGCGUCCAUCAGGUCAGGAGCCUCCAGCUCAUCAAGUUCGAAAACCACCAUCCGAUGGAUAUUCGACCCAUGGUUUUCCAUCAGUGAAAAGUGGAAGUCCAACUGAAGACUCUCCAAGACGUCCAUCUGGACCAGAGCCAACCAAUCAAGGUCGUAGACCAACAACAGAGGAUUUCUCCACUCACGGAUUUCCAUCGGUAAAGCCAGCAGGUCGUAGCAGCACUCCCACACAGUCAUCUCCUCAAUAUGACAGUCCUAAUCGUGUUGAUCGCGAUGAAACUGCGUCCGUUACAUCCGAUCGCAGUAACAGCGUUAUAUAUGAAAAGAAAAUUGACGCUGCUCAUCAAGCCUUUGCACGUUCACUUCGCUGUGCUUCUCCAGUUGAACCUGUUCGACGUGACAGUACCGAUCGCACUCCAAGGUCAAGUAUUGGUUCCAUCCGAAACACUUAUUCUCCAUCCAAACGUGACACUCGUAGUCCAUCACACGAUAGCGUUACAAAUUCUGAAUCAAGUCGCAUAAGUUCAGCAACAGUUACAAAGUCUACACGCCCAACUGAAGUUAGACGCGUGUCUCAUCCCAAGAGUCCAAUUGGCAAAUCAUCACCUAGCCAUGUCUCCAAUGAAACAAUCGAUCUAACUUUGACAAGAAAGAUCACAGCUAAGCCUUCUCCAGAUAAGACAACAGGAAAACCUUCACCAGUCAUAGAAGAGCCUAUUAUUGUGGCUGAGCCUAUACUGAUGCGCAAGAAAAUCUUUGGUGCAACCGAAAAUUUUCUUGCUAGCGAAGGUGUUAUUGAGAAACCGAUCCUUAAAAAACAACCAUACUAUCAGCUUGGUCUAUCCGAUGCAACACUUCCGUCUAGCUAUUCUAAAUCUAGACAAGGGCAUGGUACAACUCCCAAUACUUCUCGUAGGGUCCACCAACAACAAUACAACAACACCACCGAAGAAGAAGUAAAUACACUACUUGAUACAGCUACAAAACAUAUCACCAACACACAUUCAUCAAUAACACCAACAACAACAACAAGAUCUUUGAGACCUCAGGACACGAAACCAAAACAGCCAGAGACCCUUUAUAGUAAGAAGCCAUUAAACAAGCCUGAGGGAUAUAUAACCCUUAAUGAGGCCAACGAAAUCAACGAGAAACACAAUCAGACGACAAACAAACACGUAUCCUAUCCCAAUUACAUUCCUAGUGGUCCAAAAGCUGACCGAUCACCAUCAACAGACAGACCAACAACAACAACAACGAACAAUUUAUCAUCCCCAGCACCAAUUACAACCACAAGCACCACCCCUCACAAUGCACCAAAAACCACGAAAGACAAAGUUAAACCAUCAUCUUCAACCACCACCACAAGUCCAACCACGAAACCAUUUACUUCUCCAUCUAAAGUUGAUAACAGUACAUCAUCUAGAUUUACUAAAACCGUUAAAGUUGAAAACGCCAUAAAUCGUGACACGACUACAAAGACAAAACGACAACCUAAAUUAGAGCCGGAAUCGGAUUUGGAGACAUCAGAACCAUUGCGAGAACCUGAAGAUCUUGAUGAGGGUUAUGUUCCAGAUCGUAAGGGUAAAAAGAAACCGAAUUCGCAGCGUCCAACUUCGGAUGAUGAAGGUUUUGAGCCUGAUUCUCCAAGAGCAGGGUCUCCAACCAGUGACUUUGAGUAUCGUCGACCUGAACAAGUGGAGACUUAUGAUGAGGAGGACUCUUAUCGGAAGAAGACAAGUCGCACUGACAAGAAAGUGGUGACUAAUGAUUUCUUGAAUACCGAAAGGAAUGUGACCGAGACAAGGAGGACUCCGGUUGAUGAACCAAAAAGACCGAAAGAUCGCGAAGGACCAAAACGUCCGGGGCAAGAUGAUAAACCAUCUUACAAAGGUGAUACACCAAAAGGGCCUGAUGAUCAAGAGCCAAAAAGACCUCAGAGGCGUCCCAAGGACGAAGAUACUGAGCCAAGCUCUUAUCCAAAAGACCGAAAACCUUCGCAGUUGGUAGAUGAACCUGGAAAGAAACCAAGUCCAAGUGAUGAGCCAAGUGAUACAGAAGAAACCAACCGUAGGCCUUCUUAUCAAAAAGAACCGACUGAUAAGCCAUCACGACCAACGGAGACUUCAAGACCUAGAGGAACUAAGCCUCCAUUGGAACGUAGUGAGACCUUUGAAGAUCGUUGUCGUCAAAUUCUGGGCAUUGAUUCAGAAACCGUUGUUGAUCGGACUAAGAAAACCGAAGAAUUCAUUGAAACUGAACGAACAACAGUUGAUUCGAAGCGUAGGCCAUCUGGUCGGUCACCAAGUCCAACAAGGAAACAGCCUAGCGAUACUGUUAGUAUUGAAGAUUGUGAUGAUGAAGAUUUGGAACCUGAACGUAAGUAUCCCAACAAGACAACAACUACGACAACUACAGUGAAAACAACUCGUGAACAGCCUCGAGAUAAGUCUCCAAAUAAAAAAGGACCUGGUGAUCAUCCACGCGAUGAGUCUCCAGAUGGAAAAGUUCCCAAAAGUGCUACAACUAAUAAAUAUGAUGAGACAACUACGACAACUUUAACAACAAAGAUCACUGAUGGACGUUCUCCAUCACCGAAGCGAAAGUCUCCAAAGGAUAGAGAAGAUGAUACCCGUCCAAUUGGUCGUUCUCCAUCAGAAAGGCCAGGAAGAGUUGAUGAAACUACUACCAUCAGGGAGACAACUAAAAUUGUAGAUGAAAUUGAUGAACGAUCAACUCGUACAAAACCAGGAGAUAAGUCUCCAAAAGAAACCCGCCCGAGAGAAAAAUCACCUAGUGACACUGUUAGUAUUGAAGAUUGCGAUGAUGAUGAUGACGACGAUUCACCUCGUAAAUAUCCAACUAACAAGACAACAAAAACUACCACAACAGUCACAACAACACGCGGACAACCUAGAGAUAAGUCUCCACUUGAAAAAAGACCUAAUAAACCACGUGACCAAUCUCCAAUUGAUAAGCUUCCUAAAGGAACUACAACAAAUAAAUAUGAUGUAAAAACAACGGUAGUUACAACAACAAAGGUGACAGAUGACCGAUCUCCAUCACCCAAACGAAAGUCUCCAAAAGACACCAAUCCUGAAGAUAUUCGUCCAAGGGGUCGUUCUCCAUCAGAAAGGCCAAACAAGGUUGAUGAAACUACAACUGUCAGGAAGACCUCUAAAAUUGUCGAUGAAAUUGAUGAACAAACCACUCGUUCCAAACCUGGUUCUAAGCCAAGAGAUAGGUUCCCAAGUGGAACCCGACCAAAAGAGCAUUGGCCAAGUGAUGAUUCCGAAACUGAUAGUCGUCCAAGAGAUCGGUCACCAUCUGAAAAGGGAACUUACUUUACGACUAGAGAAAAAACUUUCGAUGUGGAGACUUCUAGUCCAAAAUCUCCAUUAAGAAAACCGGGCCGUGAAACAAGUCCAACUGACGAGUCUCCACGUCAUAGAUCUCCCAACAAGAAGCCAGUUCGUGGAACAAGUCCAACUGAUAAGUCUCCACGUGAUAGAUCUCCAACAAGUAAGCCAGUUCGUGGAACAAGUCCAACUGACAAGUCUCCACUUGGAGAAUCUCCAUUCAGACAACCAGUUCGUGGAACAAGUCCAACUGAUGAGUCUCCACGUGGUAGAUCUCCAACGAAGAAGCCAAUUAGUAGUCCAACUGACAAGUCUCCACGUGGUAGAUCUCCAACUGAUGAAACAAUCAUCUCCACCACUACGACAACUCAUUCAACUACAACCGAUGGUGUUAUUGAAGAUCGUUAUCCUUCUUACACUCCAAGAAGCUAUCCACGUGAUCGUUCUCCUGUCGACAAACAGAAGCCCAAGCCUAAAACAACUGAAGAAGAAGAGCUUGUAAUUGAAACUUCUAAGAAAACAAAGAAAACAACAACAGAAGAAAUUCACGAUGAUGUCUUUGAGACUAAGAGACCUCGUGAAAAACAACCAGAUACACGAGAUGGCGCAUACUUUUCUCAACCAAGGGAUCAAUCACCCUCUGAACCAGGAACAUAUCGUCCAAGAACAGAUGAAAAACCUCGUGAUAGAUCUAUUGAAAAGCCAACAACUAAGGAAACUGACGAGUUGAUCACCAAGAGAACAACAAAAACAACAAAAGACACAAUAAUUGAAAGUGAAUUUAACUCUCCACGUCCCAAAGAUUCUCCCCGUGAUCGAUCUCCCAGUAAAAAACCUUUAACUGAAGACGUAACUGAAUGUACACCUUCGUCACGUCCAAAGACCUAUCCUCGUGAUCAAUCUCCCGUUAAUGAUCUCACACGACCAACAACAAGGGAAACUACUGAAACUCGCAGGGUAGAUAAGACAACUGUCAUAAAUGAUUUCUUGGACACUGAAAGGGGAGUUGAUAGACCCCAGCGCCCUAAGGAAGAUAAACCUUAUGAUGGUAAGACCCCUGAGAGAUUAACUUCUACUCAACCAAGGGAUUAUCCUUUCAAGGACUCUCCAACCCAAAAACCUAAGGGUCCAGAGAUAACAGACAUCGACGAGACAAAAAUCAUUAAAACAACAAAGAUCACUAAAGACAGCACAGUCGAUAGGGAAGUUGAAGAACUUUUCCCAUCAAACCGUCCUCGUGAUCGGUCUCCAACUGAAAAACCAAUCAGAAGUCCAAGAAUUGUUACCACUGAGACUACAACAGAAUAUGGUAUAACCAGUCGACCAAGAAGUCAGUCUCCUUCAGAAAAGCCAAGGAAACCAGUCGAUUCUGAAGAAAUUGAUGAAACUUACAUUCAGAAAACAAAGAUUACUGAAGAUACAACGAUUACAACUGAUUUGGAUGAAGAUAUUGUUAAACCAAGUCGUCGACCAAGACCAACAGGAACUAAAGAUCAACCUAGAGAAAAGUCUCCACAGAAAUCAAAACCAAGUGAUCGUUCUCCAUCUCCUCGCUCGAAGUAUCCAAGAGAUCAAAAACCAAAAACUGAAGAUCGAUCACCAGUCGGAAAACAACCACGAACAACUGAUAAAAGUCCUCGUAGAACUUCACCGGUAAAACCAACAACUUAUCAAUCUACCGAUGAAGAAACUAAUUUAGUGAAGAAAACAAAAACAACAAAAGUAACGACAACGUCAAGAGAUGUUGAAGAUGUAGACUUUGAAGAUCGUCCACGUGACAGGUCUCCAAUUGAAAAACCAAGAGGUUUCAGACCCAUAAACGGUGAUCAAUCACCAAGGGAUCGUCUUCGUGGACCAUCACCCGCAAAGAAACCUGAAGAUCGGGAACCAAUUGACAGUGACUAUGAUGAAACUGUUGUCAAAAGAACAAAUAAGACAACAAGAAACGAAACAACUCUUGAAGAGAUAACUGAUCUUUCAUCGAAGACCUAUCCCGAAGACAAACCAAGGGAUAAAUCUCCUUCGAAGCCUAGAGGACAAAGACCAACUGAUGAUCGUUCUCCGAAGAGUCCACGGGGAACUUCCCCCUCAGAAAAACCAAGGCCACGUGAUAGGUCUCCAACUGAAAAACCUAGAAGACCACUGUUGGACGAAGAAACAAUUGUUCAAACAACUUCUAUAAAGACAACAACACUUGAAGAUCAAUCUCCAAAACGUUCUCGGGAGACUUCCCCUUCACGAGAUUAUCCUCGCGAUAGGUCUCCAUCUGGUAAGGCUAGGAAACCUGGCAUGAUCGAUGAAAUCUAUGUGGAGAGUACUACAACUGAAUCUACCACAAUCAAGGAUCGUUUGUCAAAAAGUCCAAGGGGAACUUCGCCAUCAGAAAAACCUGGCCCCAGAGACUAUCCCCGUGACAGGUCUCCAAGUGAUAAGCCAAGGAAUACAAAGCUAUAUGACGAUGAAACAGUGGUUCAAACAACUACAACCACAGUUAAGGACCGUGUGACCAAGAGUCCUAGGGGAAGCUCCCCAUCGGAAAAACCUGGUCCCAGAGAUUAUCCUCGCGAUAGGUCUCCAAGCGAUAAACCUAGGAAAACAAAGCUAUAUGACGAUGAAACUGUUGUAGAAACAACUACAACCACAGUUAAGGACCGUUUAACAAAGGGUCCCAGAGGAACUUCUCCAUCAGAAAAACCUGGCUCCAGAGAUUAUCCUCGUGACAGGUCUCCAAGCGAUAAACCUAGGAAAACAAAGCUAUAUGACGAUGAAACUGUUGUUGAAACAACUACAACCACAGUUAAAGACCGUUUAACAAAAAGUCCAAGGGGAACUUCACCAACAGAGAAGCCGCGCCCAAGAGAUUAUCCCCGUGACAACUCUCCAAAUGACAAACCUAGGAAGACAAGGUUAUAUGAUGAGACUGUUGUUGAAAAAACUACAACUGAGUCAACCACAGUUAAAGAUCGUUUGACAAAGAGUCCAAGAGGAACUUCUCCAACAGAGAAACCUCGCCCAAGAGAAUCUCCACGUGACAGGUCUCCAACUGAUAAAAAUCGUCCUCGUGGAUUGUCUCCAACAGAAAAACCAAGCAGACGUCGACCCGUUGAAGAAAAACCUGAUGAAACUUUUGUUAGAAAAACAACACGAGAGAGGAAAACUGUUAAGGAAACAACAGAUGAAUAUGUUGAUGAUUGUUGUCCAGAACAUCAUCCUCGUGUCAAGUCUCCACUAAGAAAACCAAAAGAGACAAAACCAGUUGGAGAGACUGUUGUCAAGCGAACUGUUAAGACAACAACUGUUGAUGACCAUACAACUAAAACCACCCCACGAGGAUCAUCACCAACAAAGACAUCACCUCGUGAAAGAUCACCUACUCAGAAGCCUGGGUAUGAGCGUUCUCCAAAAGAUAGUCCCCGAAGAACCUCACCCUCAGAGAAACCGACUAGACGUCAACCAAUUGUCACUGAAGUUGGAAAAUCUGUUCAAAAGAUUACUUCUAAGUUUAGCAAAGAUAUUAAGACCUCGGAAAAGGUUAUUGUAAAAGAUCAUCCUCGAAGGAAAUCACCAUCAGAAAAACCAAGACGUUUACGUCCAACAAAUGAUGAGGAAACAGAUGAUGAUGAUGAAACAACUGAGACAAUUAUUGCUGUGUACACUAUUGAUGGUGAGACAGUUGAAAGUCAUCCACGUGAUUUAUCUCCAUCGGAAAAACCUAAGAGUUCUCCAAGAAAACCAAGUGGAGACUAUCCCAACGGACCUCAAACAAAUGGACAUCAUCCUCGUGGAAUCUCUCCAACUGAUAAACCACAAAGACGUCAACCCACUGAUGAAGAAAUCGAAGAGUCAUUUACCUCGAGGACUAAGAUAACAAAAGAACGGAAUACUUUCGAAGAGGUUGAUAGAUAUUCGGAAGCUGGUCAGCCUCGUGAAUCGUCUCCAACAGGAAAACCAAGGGGACGUCAACCAACAGAUGAGAGUAUUGAUAUCACAUUUGUCAAAAAGACCAGUAGAACACAAAAAGAUGAAACUUCCUUGGAGGAAACUGAGUAUCAGUACCCUGAAGAUCGUCCCCGUGGCCGAUCGCCAUCAGAUAAACCAUCAUUCAGGGUUUAUCCUCGUGAUUCUUCACCCACAAAGCCAACUGAAGAAGAUGAAAAGUCUCCAAUGCGAAAACCUCAGGUUCCCCAAAAUUCGGAAGAAACUGUUCUCUACACAACUAAAGUGACAACAAGAAUUGAAGAUCAUCCUCGUGAUAGAUCUCCAUCUGAUAAGCCUGGUCCGAGAUCAUAUCCUCGCGAUAAGUCUCCAAUCGAUAAACCAAGUGUAAAGGCUUACCCAAGUGACAAGUCUCCAUUGGAUAAACCAAGUCGAACAAGACCUAGUAAAUUAGAAGAAACAACAAAUCGAAGCACGACAGUAAGAAAAACUGUUCAAGAAACUGAUCGUUAUCCUAAAGGUCGUCCAGGAGAUCAGUCUCCAAAUGAGAAACCAUCAACUCUUAGACGCCCAAGCAAGCUUUCAUCUACAACAACCACAACAACUACCCGAAAUCGAUCAACUCUCGAUGAGCAAGAUAUAACUCGAACUCCUCAACGUCCAAGAACUCAGCCAUCUACUCCUGGUAAGGUUCCAACCAAGUCUACACCAUUAUCUUCUCCAAGAAGCCAACCAACUUCCGAAAGACGAAUUCCAGCUGAAUUACCGUCACCAGUUCGAAAACCCAAAUCAACAUUCGGAGUUACAACUAAAACCACAACAACAACUACAACAAGAUCAACUGGAGCUUCACCACGUCCUAGGCUAACUACGGAAACACCGAAAAAGCCAUCAAAACUUCCUCUGGAAACUAGACCAACUGCAAGGCCAGUUGAAAGGAAACUUUCACCAAGCAUCUCACCAGACUCAAGUCCAUCACGUCCAGGAAGCGAUUUUGAAGUUGAUUCACCAUAUCGUUCUCCAAAUAUGAGUCCUUCCCGAAAGUCUCCAAGUCCAACAAGGUCUGUUAAGCUCGAAGAUAUCACAACUACAACUACAACAAAGAAAACAACUUUGUUGACUGAUAAGUCGUCCAAACCAAAAGUAACACAUGUUACAACGGCCAAGUUCCAAAUAACUCCACCAACAUCACCAAAUAAGGUGAUCAACUCUCCAGAAAUCAAAUUCUCUCCAUCGCCGAAGAAGCCUUCAUCAAGGGUUCCAACACCAAAACCAAACAAAUUCACUUCCGAAACAACUACAACUAAAAAGGUCACCAGCAAGAUUUAUAAAGAUGGACUCAUUCCGACAGAUUCCGAAAGAGAUUCUGAGGUCCCAACUGACGCUGAAGAGGUCGAUACUCCAUUACAACAGAAGCCUUCAACUAGAAAGCUUCCAGUUACCGAAAGGAAAGAAUCUGCCCCGGUUCACCGUGUGACAAAGAUAAACAAAGACAUCCAAAUGUCAAGGUCUACAAGUGAGAAUAUCAUUAAGACCCCGAUCACAAAACGCCCUGUUAGACAUGAACCUCUUGAACCUCAGCGUGAAGUUCCAAGCUCUAGGCCCACUGUUAACGACCGAUCUUCACCAAAAACUGAACGUCGUCCUAGCAAGCAUCUGAGCACAAAAACUAUCAACUUGACUGCAUUCGAUAAGGUCAUAAACAGUGAAGACAUGGAAAAUGUUGUCAUUGAUAUACAACAUGCGAAGAGUUCUAGGGAACCAUCACCGAACAAGAUCGUUCCAACUCCUGUUUCGGUCGAUAUGUACACGGGAAAGCCUCGCUAUCCCGAUGUUGUUCAAGAACCUGAAGAUGAGCCAAAGAAAAAGCCAACUGUCAAAAACAUCCCUAUAUUUGAAGAAGAAACAAAUGAUUUUGUCGGAUGUCAGAUAACUGAGGUCAAUGAAGAAACUCACGAAAACACAGUUAGAGCUCGUACAACAAAAUUCAUUGAAAAAGAGUCAAGUCCUCAACGACAAACUCCAAGAAUUGUCACUGGUGAUAAUGUUGAUAGUGAGUGUUUGCUCAGUGUCCACGAUAAGGUCUCCAAAUUCAUAAGCACUGCUGAAGAAGUUAGUAAACCAAAGACUUCAGCUCCCUUCCGUCGGGAUGUUCCAGAAAAAGACAUGCCUGAAGACGAUGAAUGCCUUUUAACGGUCGAUGAAAAAGUAAGCAAGUUCUUGAAAACUGCCGAUAGCGUUACCAAGGAGGUUAUAACUUCGAAACCUCGUCGAGUAGAACGUCCAAGUAUUGAAGACUUGGAUGAAGAUCUCAAGACCGAUGAGUGUGUUUUGAGUGUUUCAGAAAAAGUCAAUAAAUUCACAACAAAAGCUGAAAAACUUGCUCCCUCAGCUCCACAAAGGUCUCCCGAACUGGUAGCACGUAUCGAGAGACAGAUUUCUAGACAAAGUGACGUUGAGUCUGAGGGUCCUGAAAGCGAAGACAGUCCGGCUUCGGUAAGAAAAUUCAAACCAUCUUCGCCGUUAACUGAGAGAACUGAAAGAAAAUACACAGAACGUCAGAUUGAUAUUCUUUCGAGACCAUCGGUUUGGGAAAAGAAACCUAAGCCUGAUGUCAAGCUUGAUGAUAUAUUUGGCUAUAAGCCGGAAGAUGUACCAAGGGACGAAACUCAUCCUGACGAAGAAAAGUCUAAACCAGUUAAGACAACAGGUUCUGUAUCGAAGAGAAAAGAAUUGUUUGAGAACAAAGUGUCUACCAACAAGACUACAACAACAACCAAACAAAGCUCUCCAGAGAAACGUCCAAGUAGGCCAUCAAAGUCUCCUUCUGAAAGACGUCCAUCUGACGACUCAGACUCUAGAUACCCGAACGAAUUUGUUCCACGAUAUGUUGAUGGUUAUCCAAAUCAGCAUCCAGAUGAUGAUGUUCAUGAAGAUGUUUACGGAUCUUCGAAAACUCGUCGUGUUUAUGAGACUUCAAGUCGUGAAACAACAACUAUUCAUCGAUCUCCCGAACGUUCUCCUACACGUAAAUCCAGUCAUCCUGAAAUCAGGCCACUUCCAACUACAAACAAAUCUCCACGACAACAACAACAACCCGAAGACAAAACAACACCAUCACGUAGGUAUUCAGAAGAUCAUUCACCCAGGUAUCCAACUAGAGAUCAGCCUUCAGCUGAUCGCUACAUGGAAACACGUGAAGCUUCCGAGCACACAACUCGUAGAAGAUCAUCCACACAAGAAUAUCCAGAACGUAGAACUCCAUAUACCAAUGGUUCACCUUCCCCAUCAUCACUUAGAAAGCAACAACAACAACCUGUUGAAGAGCCUGAAGAUUAUACCUUCAGCUCUAAGCGGGACGAAACAACUACACAUCAUCACAACACUACACGUACUGCUCCGCGCAGUCCAAAAGACAGUCCCUUAACUCCAAAUUCUUUUCUAGAUGAUGAAGAUCAUGAUCAUUCACCAGCUCGUUCAACAAGCACGGUCUCGUCCCAUAAACAAGUUACGACUAGCAGAACUAGUAUGACGAAACGUCUAACUGAAGAUACUUCAAGGCGUCCUAGACGUCCUUCUGGUAAUGAACCAACUACCCCAACAUCAACCGGCAGAACUCCAAGAUCUCGAGCUGUCCCAGAAACUGUGGCAGCACGUCGCAAUAUCUUCGAGAAAACUCCCGGAGAUAUCUCUCCAAUGCCAUCUGGCAGACGACCAUCUUACAUGGAACCAACUAAGAGUUCCCUUGAACACCGUAAAGAUUCUCUCGAAAUAACAAAGACAAACUUCUCCCGUAAGUCUUCAAUGGAAGAAGAACCCUACGAGCCAAGUCCAAGGACUUCUGUAAAAUUCGGUGUUGGUCUAAAACAUAAAGAAGAACCGAAACCGAAGAGAAAGUUAAGUUCUUCUGAUAUUCCAAAUAUUGAAGAUGUCUUCGAAUUGGAACUUCUCGAAGAGAUGUUGAAUAUUGUCACUUUGUAUGAACAAAGAAGACGUAUUCGUGCUCAGAUUCGAGUUGUGAAGAAGCUUCUUGAAACGAAGACCAAAGAAGAAGUUUCAAGAAUGACGAAGAUCAGUACGAUCCGGAAGACUUCAUCGUCUUCUGUAAGGGAAAGUCCAACUCCAAAAAGAGAAUCCCGACCAGAAAGAUACCAACCCACAGACGAUGAUAUUGAUUCCGAAUCGAUUAUUGAAUCUCGCCAUGUUGAAGAACACGAAGAAAUCAUCCGAGAACGUAGCAUAAGUCCCCAGACCAAGACCAGUAGAAUUGUAACUAAGGUUACUGAAGUCCGGAAAAUUGCAGAACCAUCUUCAACACCAAAUAAACGAACACCUCUUAAAACAAAAGACGAACCAAAAGAAUCAAAACCAAUUUGGGCUACAAAGAAUAUUCUGAAGAAACCAUCAGAAAAUGAGAAGGUUACUCGAGCUUUGUCGGCUAAGAAAACUACUUCAACAUCAUCGUCUUCAAUGUCAAGAACUCAGCAACAGACACAUCGUCAGCGAGUAUCGACUGAUGAUGAUUGUGUAACAUCGAGUUAUGGUAUUGGACCAACAGAUGAAGACGGCAGACCAUUGUUUGGUAUUCGGGCUCUUAAGAAGAAGACAACAACCAAUAAUAACACUGUUCAGCCCAGUGAAACCACAAAAGUCACCGGAACUGUUAUAACGGAAAAAUAUUAUUCAGAAAAUGGAGCCGAACCUGUUGGUGAACGUAAAGUAACCGUAUACUCGACAAAUCCUGAAGAUUUGGUAGAUUUGGAAACACAAUACGAUCGUCGUGAUAGUGAGACUGUUAAACGUGAAAAACUCUCCAAAGAUGGUGUAACGACUGUUACUAAGGUUCAGAAAAUUGGAAAAUAUAAGCCUGGUGAAAUCCCCUCAUUGACAGAUGAUGCCGAAUUUUCGAAAUCAUCUUCGAAAAUAGUUCGUCGUGGAUCGGUCAAAGAAAUGAGUGAAAAGUUCAUUCGCAAAGAGUCAUCGUCGUCUGUAACAGAAAAGUCUAGCAGUGGUUAUCCAAAAGCUGGUUUAAUUUUACGUACACGAACAAAUUCUGGUGCAACUGCUGAUACAGCCGAUCAGUAUGAAGUUCGUGGAAAGUCUACAGAAUAUGAUUAUGAAUCUGAAGAUGAUGUCGAAAUUCGAACAUCGAGGAAACAUUCGAAAGUUGUGACUGAAAGUGAAGAUGAAACUGAGAUUCGGCGAAAGGUUAAUACAAGGUCAUUUUUAAAUAGUGGUGGUUCUAAGGUGACAGGAGUCGAUGAUGUGCUGGAUAGAAUGAGGAAUGCUGAUAAUGUUGUUGUGGAUGGUGAUACAAUGGAAGAUCGUGAAGCAAGAUCAUUGUUAAAUAAAUUCCUUGGGGCAAGUGUACUAAUGUCAGGCAUGGAAUCAAUGAUUCCACAAAUGGAACUUAGAAAGUCGACAGCAGGUGCUGAUAAUAAACAAGAGGUUAAAACAACUCGUGUAACGAAAACGAUAAAAACCGGCACAACCGGUGGAAGCUCUUCAUCACCAGUUGCCAGAGAAACUUGUGAUUUCGAGGAGAUUUGGGACGAAGAAACUUUAAAACAAUUGCUUGAAAAAUCAACAAGCUACGAGGAACGUCGAUCAAUACGUGCACGUCUAAGACAACUAAUGGCUGACCGCGAAGCAUGUGCUGAAUCAAAAGCUAGCGCUAAAGCUGAGCUAAACGAAACGAAAGUCAAGACAUCAACCAAAGUUACUGCUGCUGCUGUUGAAGACGAUGAAAGUAGUGGAAGUGAAUAUGAAGAAAUAAUCGAAGAAUAUACUGCUUCUGAAGAUGACGAUCAAGAUGAAGAAACAACCACAACAAAAACAACCACAACAAAAACUGUUAUACCUGAUAAAAAGAAAAUCGAAGUAAAAGAAGAUAAAAAUACAAAACAAAUAACAGAAGAAAUCAAAAAGACUACAAUUACUAAAAAAGAAGAACCAAAAUCAGGAAGUGAAAGUAAAAAAACCGUUAUAGUUGAAACAACUACUGUUAUUGAAGAAGUUGAUGACGAUGAUGAUGAUGAAGAUGAAGAUGAUACAUCAUCGCCAUCUAAUGUUGAUGAAAAGAAAGUUGCAAAUGCAAAUAAAAAAGAAGAUGUCAAAGAUAACAAAGAUGGCGGCGAUAGUGAUUCAGUGUCCGAUAGCAAGGGACAAUCGACUACAACAACGGAAAAAACCGAAACUAAAAAAGAAGAUGGCGGAGUUGUUACAACAACAACAAAAGUUACAACAAGAACAAUAACUGGAGCACCAAAACCAGUCUCACCAUUUGCCAAGUUUCAACAACUUGACAAACAGAACUCCCUGCAAUCUCCGAAAUCUCCGCUUACACCAACAACCCCAGGGGGUUCUAGUACAACGCCAAUUUUCAAAUUUACUGAUCCGGCAUUAAAUGCACGUGCCGCCACUUUUAAGGAGCAACUUUUACAGUGGUGCCAAAGUAAAACGCAGGAAUACGAGAAUGUUCAAAUAACAAACUUUAGUGCGAGUUGGACAGAUGGUUUAGCAUUUUGCGCCCUGAUACAUCAUUUCUUACCAGAUGCCUUCGAUUAUUCUACAUUAAAUCCAAAACAGCGAAGAUACAAUUUUGAACUCGCUUUCCGAGUGGCUGAUGAAAAAGCCGGGAUUGCGCCGCUACUCGAUGUCGAAGAUAUGGUAGUGAUGAAAAGACCCGACUGGAAAUGCGUUUUUACUUAUGUUCAAAGUAUUUACCGUCGGUUCCGCAAUUGCCAAUAAUAAUAAUUUUUUUUU